AAAAAUGACGCCAACCAAGCCAAAGGUAUACAUCGUUGGAGUCGGUAUGACAAAGUUUUGUAAGCCGGGAUCCGUACCCGGCUGGGAUUACCCGGAUAUGGUAAAGGAGGCCGUCACUACUGCUCUUGAUGAUUGCAAGAUGAAGUAUUCUGAUAUUCAGCAGGCUACAGUUGGAUACCUUUUUGGAGGAACCUGCUGUGGUCAACGUGCUCUAUAUGAGGUUGGACUUACCGGAAUCCCAAUUUUCAACGUGAACAAUGCCUGCGCCUCGGGAUCCUCUGGACUAUUCCUCGGAAAGCAAAUUAUCGAAAGUGGAAACUCCGAUGUGGUUCUCUGCGCCGGAUUUGAGCGCAUGGCUCCGGGAUCGCUAGAAAAUUUGGCUGCUCCAAUUGAUGAUCGGGCUCUUUCUGUAGACAAACACAUUUCUGUCAUGUCAGAGACUUAUGGGCUCGAGCCGGCUCCGAUGACGGCUCAGAUGUUUGGAAAUGCAGCGAAAGAGCAUAUGGAGAAGUAUGGUUCAAAACGCGAGCAUUACGCCAAAAUCGCCUACAAGAACCAUCUUCACUCAGUCCACAAUCCAAAAUCCCAGUUCACCAAGGAAUUCUCUCUGGAUCAGGUGAUCAAUGCCCGUAAGAUCUACGACUUUAUGGGUCUCCUCGAGUGCAGUCCAACAUCCGACGGAGCCGCCGCAGCCGUCCUGGUCUCCGAGAAAUUUUUGGAGAAGAAUCCAAGACUGAAAGCCCAGGCCGUGGAGAUUGUGGGCCUAAAGCUGGGAACCGAUGAGCCAUCCGUGUUCGCUGAGAAUUCAAAUAUCAAAAUGAUUGGAUUCGAUAUGAUUCAAAAGUUGGCCAAGCAACUGUGGGCCGAGACAAAGCUUACUCCAAAUGAUGUCCAGGUCAUUGAGCUUCACGAUUGCUUUGCUCCAAAUGAGCUCAUUACCUAUGAAGCCAUCGGGCUCUGCCCAGUAGGUCAAGGACAUCAUAUCGUAGAUCGAAAUGAUAAUACAUAUGGCGGGAAAUGGGUGAUCAAUCCAUCCGGAGGCUUGAUCUCGAAGGGACAUCCUAUCGGAGCAACCGGUGUGGCUCAAGCUGUCGAGCUGUCCAACCAGCUACGUGGCAAAUGUGGAAAGAGACAAGUGCCGAACUGCAAAGUCGCCAUGCAACAUAAUAUUGGAAUUGGUGGAGCUGGAGUAGUUGGGCUCUAUAGAUUGGGAUUCCCUGGAGCUGCACAGUCCAAGAUUUGAGCAUUUUUGAAAUAAAAACGGAAUAAUUUAAACAUUUUCUUUUGAUUUUUUUUUGUGUAUAAUAGAGAAACUUGAAUAAAGUGUUUUAUU